CAGGCAUGAACCACCUCACCUGGCCUCCUGUAAUCUUAACUUCUAUCCAAGCCCUACUCACAGAGGAAUCUGUGUUGAACCAAGAUGCUUCAUGAAACAGCCCCACUGAGCUCCCAGCAGAUGCUAGCACCAUUCAUCAUCCAUGAUAAGCCUCCAAUGCAAUCACUUACGUUAAGAAAUUGAGAGAAUGUUGAUAUAAACUGCUUCCUGAGCCAUAUGGAAACCUGUAUCUUCUGCAGGUUGCUUGCGUGAUAUGGGUGAAGGAGUUUCUGAUUGAGCCUUGGGAAGAAGAAAUAGUACAGAAGAACAAAGAACAAUAAUGUAUCAGCUGGACAGAAGAUGGGAGUCAUCAGAUCUAUACCCCAGUUACUUGACCCAUCAACGGACUGGUUUUUGGGAAAACAGGCUCGGCACUGCCUCUGCGCAACCCCGUGGGCCUGGCUCAGGAGGGGGCCGGGGCCAGCACGAUGAGCGCCCCAGGCAGCCCCGACCAGGCCUAUGACUUCCUGCUCAAGUUCCUGCUGGUGGGUGACAGCGACGUGGGCAAGGGCGAGAUCCUGGAGAGCCUGCAGGACGGUGCAGCCGAGUCCCCGUACAGCCAUCUAGCGGGGAUCGACUACAAGACCACCACCAUCCUGCUGGACGGCCAGCGGGUGAAGCUGAAGCUCUGGGAUACGUCGGGGCAGGGAAGAUUUUGUACCAUAUUCCGCUCCUAUUCUCGUGGUGCCCAAGGAGUGAUCCUGGUGUACGACAUUGCAAACCGCUGGUCUUUUGAGAGUAUGGAUCGAUGGAUUAAGAAGAUUGAUGAGCAUGCCCCUGGUGUCCCUAAAAUCCUGGUGGGGAAUCGCCUACAUCUGGCAUUCAAGAGGCAGGUGCCCAGGGAGCAGGCCCAGGCCUACGCCGAGCGCCUGGGCGUGACCUUCUUUGAGGUCAGCCCCCUGUGCAAUUUCAACAUCAUAGAGUCUUUCACGGAGCUGGCCAGGAUCGUGCUGCUGCGGCACAGGAUGAACUGGCUCGGGAGGCCGAGCAAGGUACUGAGCUUGCAAGACCUCUGCUGCCGAGCCAUCGUGUCCUGCACGCCCGUGCACCUGGUGGACAAGCUCCCGCUCCCCAUUGCCUUAAGAAGCCACCUCAAGUCCUUCUCCAUGGCCAAGGGCCUGAAUGCCAGGAUGAUGCAAGGCCUCUCCUACUCCCUUACCACCAGCUCCGCUCACAACAGGAGCAGCCUCUGCAAAGUGGAGAUCGUCUGCCCACCCCAGAGCCCACCCAAACACUGCACCAGAAACAGCUGCAAAAUUUCUUAAGGAAGGCGCCAAAAAAAAACAAGCUGGAAUCUUUCCAGGAAAAACUCUGAAUGUUUACACCUGGAAGAUGGGAAGACACAUUCUAGAUUUGAGAAAUACCUUUUCAGUUUCUCAUGGGAACCAUGCUGCUUGGCAAUGUGUGUGAUGCCUUCUGUCAAUAACAGCACCUUACGCAGUU